UCUCGUUAUCCCGUAACUAUGUGCUUUUCAGCACUUUGAAGAAACAGCAAGAAAAAAAAAUGGCGCUACCCCUUCUUCGAAUUCCUGGUACUUCUUCCAUUCCAUUUGUCACUACAAAGCCACAGUCUUCUCCUUCCAGAAGCUUCCGCAAGACGACGGUGGCAACAGCGGAGCUUCAAGCACCGCUGGUAGCGUUGGGCAGAACCGAUUUCCGGUAUCCGAAUGUUGAAGCUCCUAGCCAUAAGGUCAAAGUCCACGAUAGAGAACGCGGAAUUGUUCACGAAUUUCUCGUUCCUGAGGAUCAAUAUAUAUUGCAUACUGCUGAGUCUCAGGAUAUUACCCUUCCAUUUGCCUGCAGGCAUGGAUGUUGUACAAGCUGUGCUGUUCGGGUAAAGAGUGGGAAGAUUAGACAGCCAGAGGCACUUGGGAUAUCUGCCGAAUUGAGAGAGCAGGGUUAUGCACUUCUUUGUGUGAGUUUCCCAUGCUCUGACCUUGAAGUAGAAACUCAAGAUGAAGAUGAGGUAUAUUGGCUUCAGUUUGGACGUUAUUUUGCAAGAGGACCAGUGGAAAGAGAUGACUAUGCCUUGGAGUUGGCUAUGGGUGACGAGUAACCUGGGUAAAAAACUAUAUUCAAAGAAUGCAAGUUUUCUUUCCUUCAUUCUUUUCAUAUGUACCACUGGAAUUUCAAGUUAAAGACAUGUUCGAGUGUCCAAUAUGUGUUAGUUUUCGACACUCGCACUACACUAACAUAUACUCAUGUGAUUAUAUUCUAUUAUUUUCAUUUUCUCAAAUUAUAUUUUCAUUUUGGUAA